AUGUUGUUUCUCCCGUUUUUAAUAUCGUCUAUUUAUGCCCUGGCACUACCCCCAUGGGAACUAUCCGACUCCUAUAUACUAGACGCCAUCUCCGAAGACAAGGUUGAGAUUGAUAACAUCUUAAAGUCGCCCAUAAACUUCAAGGAUUUCCCGCCUUUACUCAGGCUGCCUACAGAUGAGGAGCGAACUAUAAAAGAUGGCGAGAUUCCCCGCUAUGUUAUUGAUUAUGCGCCGCUUGUUCAUCUUUACUCCGAAGAGCGAUACUGGCCCUAUGAUAUCGCUGAUUUCGUGGAACAUUUUCACGCCACAUACAAGAAUGGCACUCGGGUCACAAACGACAAGCUCAAUAUCUCUACUUUGGGCGAUUUGCCUGAUCUUCGUUCCAUAUAUUUGACGGCAGACGAGGAUUUCGAUAUGGACCCAGACUGGAUCACGGGCUCGCACAAUAAACCGUCCCUUUUGAGCGGUGAAAUCAAAGAUGCACCGGCUACACUCAUCGUCGUGGAUAAGGGGAAUGGGUGGGUAGACGCAUUCUGGUUCUACUUUUAUUCAUUUAAUUUGGGUCCUUUUGUCAUGGGAUCCGGUCCUUACGGCAACCACGUGGGCGAUUGGGAACAUUCCCUCGUUCGCUUCCAUAAUGGGGUGCCCAUGAUAGUUUGGAUGUCUGCUCAUGGCGGUGGUGGCGCAUACUAUUUCCACAAUUUGGAAAAACAUGAACUAGAUCCCAACCACCCGAUUAUUUUCUCCGCCAGAGGAACACACGCUAAUUAUGUUUCCGUAGGUACGCAUCCUCAUGAUCUACCUUACGACAUCUUGUGCGACUUUACCGAUAGAGGUCCUUUGUGGAACCCCACCAAAAACUAUUUGGGAUACACGUACGACGGUAAGUACGUAUAUCCAGCCGAAAAUAAUACAAAUGCGAAGCACAAGGGAAGAGAGCUUCGCUACGGGAACUGGCUUACUUUUUCAGGCCACUGGGGCGACAAGAAGUUGCCUGAUAAUGACCCAAGACAAGAACACUCUCUCAUUGGCGGAUACAAGUAUAUCGAUGGACCUCUGGGACCAUUGAAGAAGAACUUGUUGCGCAUAAUCCCUUGUGAAAGACACAAGUGGUGGAAUUUCUGGAACGGAUGCAACGUUCGGGAGAAUAUCAAGUGGGGAAUAGGUGUUGAGAGUGAAGGCUACAACUGUGGCAAUAUUUUUGUCAAGGUGCGCCCCAGGUUCAUCAGAAACCUCCUACAGAAAAUCACAUGGGGCGGUGGCUUUUGUUUCGUGGUUGAUUUAAUUUAUGGUUAA